CACAGCCAAAAACCUCCGCGGCUUCAGCUCUUUCACCGGAGCAACAGCGAGCGAUCACAACGGAAAAUGUCCGAAGUCCGCCCCCUACGAUCUCUCCCCCCAAACGAACCCCUCCCAAUCUCCCGCCAAAACCCUAACCCUAACCCUAACCCUAACCCUUCGCUUCCUCAAUGCGAAUCCCUCGCUCGAUCCUGGCUCUCUUCUCUCCCGCCUCCCUACUCUCCAUCUCCCGCCGAAAUCGACUCCUGGAUCGAUUCCAACCUCUCCCCUCUCCCCUCCGAUCUCCGCUCCCUUUCCCGAUUUCAACUCCACCAGUGGAUUCUCUCUCUCCACCCAACCCCUAACCCUAACCCUAACCCUAUCCCUAGUUCUAGCCAGGUCGAACACCCGUACAGAUUCCAGCGUACGGACCUGUGGCUUCCAGUUUACCAGUGGUUGGAGGCGUUGGACAAGGAUCAGCUGGUGAGUGGCAAGGAGCUAACGGAUUGGUUGGGUCAGAACACUGAGUUUGUGGAUCGGGUUCUGUCGAAGCACUCGAAGUAUCAUUUGAUGCAUUACAUCCAGAAGUUGCACUUGAAAAUGCUCAAGAAGAGAGGCAAGUUGCCCAAGACUAUGCUACUUUCUACUGCAAGGGCGUCAGUGAAGUGUCUAAAUGGUGGAGCAACAUCGCGACAAGAUUCUUUCCUACAUCCCCUAAAGAGCUCAAGUUGUGGGUCAAGAAUGCGAGAACAUUCUCUACUGUGCAAACCUUCCGUCAACAUUUUAAAGGAUAGUGAGCUAUUCUCUUGUAAAAAGAGUGAAGCUGCUCUUAGAUACGAAGUUCUGACAGAUUUACAGAAUCAACUUACAAGUAUUCUCUCAAAACGCAAGAAUGCAGUCAACUUACAAGAAUCCCCUUUACGGCCUUUGCUUAAGCAAAAUUCUGAAAAUAGUUCCCACCAGCAAUCAUCUGAUGUGGGUAAGAAGGAUGAGUAUACAAGAACUAUGCCUGAAGCUGCUCUAGACUCAGUAGAUGCGGUUAGUGUAGAAGUUCAUGAACAGUCAAUGUCUGUGCCUACUACAGAUUCAAGCAGUGGACUAAAAAGAAAAAGGAAUCCUACCAUUGUGACUCCUCCAUGGUCAUAUUGUGAAACUUUAUUUGGAACCUCUAAAUAUGAGCAAUCUUCAACUUCUCAAUCUGGCGAAGCAAAAAUACACAAUAUUUUGAAAGGGGAGAGUUGCGUAUCAUCCUCACUAAGUUCCUUUUCUGCAAAGAACAUUGUUACAUGCUUAAAGGGGCGAGAGAGAGGUAUUAGUUGGCCCUUUGCCUCCUCUCAUGGCGUUUAUGCAGGGAAAAAGCAGAUCUGGAAUUCAUUUCUUGAAGGUUGGAGAUCACUUGGAUAUCAGUUUGCUGGACCUGCUGUGAGGCUGAAACGAAAAAGUUAUUCUUCUUGGGUUCCUACUUGGUCUGCCUAUACAUCAAGUGCUGCUAGUGCUCAACCUCAUGGAAGGGUAGGUGUUCAGAAGAUUCUUGAUGUAAGAUUCCACCCAGAAGGGCUUCCUCAGCUUGUCUGUAGCUCUAAUGAGGCACCAAAUGAAUUACUACUGUAUAAUCUUCGCUCUGGAAGGGCAAUACAACUCAGUGGCCAUAAUUGCCAGAUCCAGGCUGUUGAUUUUGCAGUUAGAGGUGCGAGCAUUGUUUCAUGUGGUUCUAAAUUAUUGAAGGUUUGGGACUGCAUAACUGGUUCUUGUCUUUUUACCCUGGGGCCUUCUUGUGAUGAUCAAGCAUCUGUUGGACACACAGAACAGAUUAAUGCGAUGACUGUUAAUCGUUGGCAGUCUUGUCUUGUGGUGACCAGUGGUGGGAGAGGAGAUGGGAAACUGCUCCUAUGGAAUGCUUUGAGAGGAGAACUUGCUGCUGAUCUCAAUGCGAACAUAAGGGUGAAAGACCAGCCUCAUCCUUCUCUUAAUGUGAUGGAAUUUUGUAGCGAAAGCCUUCUGGCUUGUGGAAGUGAUAGUGAAUACGGUGGUCCAGCUGUAGUGCAGUUAUGGGAUUUUGACUCUCCACAGUCCUGUCUGUCUUUUGCUGCUAAUGAUUCUUAUAUUACCUCGCUGAAAGCAAAUCCAUCUUGCAACACUUUACUCACAGGUUCUGGAGAUGGAACUGUUGGCUUAUUUGAUAUUCGAACAUGUGGUGCAAUUAACUAUCUCUCCAUUGGAUCUGAUUACGAGGUGACGUCAGUUUCAUUUAGUGGAUGUGGAACCUACUUUAGCGUCUCUAGCACUUCAAAUAGUAGCCUGGUAUGGGAUACACGGAUAAUGCCAACAAAUCGCCAUCAGAUUCCCCUGAAGAAAUCUUCUCAUGUCACUGACACACAUUUCUUCAGACCUUUGCAUUGCUUAAGCCAUGGGAAGCAAAUGCCUACCGCGGAACAUGCAGGUCAACUUCCUGGUCAUGUCGACGCGGGUGAUCAGGGUGUAAAUGAUGCUCGGUGGCUUCACACGGAGCCUGUAUUGGUUACUGCAAGUGGCGAUGGCAGCAUUGCGAUGUGGGAUGUUACCCUAGGCAUGCCUUGUGUAAGGCAUUUAAUCAGCCAUACAAGAUCUGUUAAUACUGUCGCAAUCGCACCAAAUGAUGAAUACUUGUGUAGUGGAGGAGAUGAUCAAAAAAUUGUUUUAUAUCACAACAAGCAUGGAUUGACUCAUCAAAAGUGGCGCUUAUCUCAUCCACUGCCAGAAAAGGACUAGUACCAUCCACAUAAUAGUAGAUAUCUAUGCCUAUGAGCAAAAGGUACAUGCAGUAUAACAUCGGACAGAGUCAUUCAUGAAGUAGUUGUUUUAUUUACAACAAUUUUCUUAUGCAAUAGCUGAGGUCUGUUUUCAGUUCUUUAUGAUAUCAUGACAGGUAAUUUAACCAUAAAUCAUCAACC